AUGACCGUGACAAACGCCCCCUUGGCAGGCUGGCUAGCCAAGCUGACGACGUUACCGUUGGGCCGGACUCGAUGGCAACACCGUUUCUUUGUCCUGCUGGACUCGGAGCUUCGUUUCUACAAAGAUGAGCACGCCGAUUCGGCAACUCACGUCCUCAAUUUGCGACACGUCCGGGAUGUCGUCCAGAUAGCUUUGCCAAACCACUCUUUCUGUAUAAGGCUACAGCCCUGCUCGCCCACUGUAACGACAAAAACCAAGCCUUGGACUCUAGCAUGCUCGUCUCAGGUAGAUCUUGAGACGUGGAUCAGGGCGUUACAAAAGCGACUGACAAGAUCUUCUUGUCCUUCAUCGCCUGCUGAGCAAGAAGUAUCUGUGGGAAAUCAUAAAAGCCAGAAAAAGAAACGUCCGACCAACUCUUGGUUCAGCCAACCAUCUUCCUCGUCUUUGCAUAGCCAUGAUGGCCCCACCGACGACAGUAACGAAACGACCCAACAAGGCCAACAGAACAAAGAGUUUUACCACGCCAUCACUUCAUCGCACAACAUCACUGUUCUACCACGUAUACGUAAACAGCCUCCUCCAUCACUUUCCCGGCGUCGAGGCAUCUAUCUCGCACCACUCGUGAUUGAAUCAUCACCGUUUAGCAAUACCAACAACAAAAACGACACCGAUAGCGACUUUUUCGUACAUGCGCUUUCGUCUUUUACGUCUUCAUCAACCGCCUCCUCUUCGACAGAUGAACUGAUGCUGUUUCCCACACCACCUCCGCAUUUACCAUCGAACUGCGUUGAUCCUAGUAAAGAGGAGCAAGAAGAAGGAGAAAUCAUCGACCGUGGAAGAAGUUUGUCCGCACCGGCCAUUUUCCAAAAGCGCAAAGAUGACGGUGAAACGUCACCCACGUUUCUUUUGUACAAGGAAAGAUUUCACCUUUGCUAA